AUGAAACUCACGACAUUCGUGAGCUAUGCGAUUUUACUAUCUGGGGUUUUGGGGAAGGAUGAGGUUGCGAGAGUAUGCGGAAAUGAGCGGUUAGGUGAACUAAAUGACUCACUCUCCUAUUACCCAAAUGCAUGGAACAAAAAGAGUCCUAAAAAUGGCUUCGUCUGCCUCAAAGUCGACAACAGCACACCCGCAUUCUCCGCAACGUGGAACUGGCCCGCCGACAUCCAAGAUGUACACUCCUUUCCCUACGUGCGCUUCAACAACCCUUCACUCCCCGUGCGUCUCAGCGAGUUAGAGUCAAUCCGCUUAUCAACAGAUUGGAUCUACACACCAGGAAGUCCUUCAAAAAUACCAGAUGAUUUUAGUAAUGAGGUCUGGGCAAAGAAUAAAGCGGAGUUGGAGGGGGACGGCGUGCAGGCGAAUGCGGCGUGGGAUUUCUUUCUGGACGAUGAUAGGAAUAGAACGCUGUAUCCGCAGGUUGCUAAGAUUGAGUUUAUGGUUUGGUUGGGAAGGGUGGGGGAUCCGUGGUGGCUUGGACGGCAGAACGAUAGUAUCUUGUCGACUGUUACGCUUGGGAAGACUGAGUUCUCGCUCUUCUAUGGCCGAAACUCGGGAGGAACGCACGUCUUCACAGCCGUUACAAAAGACAACAGCGACGUACUAUCCUUCGAUGAAGAUUUCUAUCCUUUAUUCCAGUAUAUCCUCAAACAAGCCCACAAACAAAUCGACGCCGAUGACCUACCCAAAGAUCCAUGGCUAGGUAUCAUUGAGUUCGGAACAGAGACGUGGAUGUCAAGAGGAAACGCUACAUUCACAGCUGCGAAUUUCGGGAUGAGUUUGAAGGGGAAUUUUACGAGUGAGAGGAACUCGACGAAGGGAGAUGAUGAUAAGGACAAGGGUGAUAAGUCUGGUGAUGAGAAGGGUGGUGAUAAGGGUAGUGGCGAUAAAGGUAGUGGGGAUAACUCGACGGAUUCAAAGGGUGAUGAGGAGGAUGAUGCGGUGAGGUUGAUGAGCCAAUCUGUGUUGGGGAUUCGCAUCCUCCGGUUGGUGGGCCGACUACAAGGAUCCGUCAACCUACCCUCCAUCAACCAUCAACCCAUCUUAUUCCCUCAUCACGAUCUUCACGAUCUUCACCUUCACAAACCCAUCACCAUGCCACACACCUUCCCACCAAGCCGUCUCCGACGCGCCGUCCACGCCCUUCCCUUCCUCCUAAUAACAGCCAUAAUGUCCCGCGCCUUCACAAUGGCAAAACCCAUCGGUCCUAUAAUUGAAGAAACCCUACAAACCUCCAUCUUCACAGCGCAAAACGUCACCGUGCCUAUUAUCAAAAGUUUCUAUGGUGUACCGGUCCUAGAUGAUGUUUUUGCUGUGAUCACUGUUGCGUUUGCGCAUUUGCAGUUCUUUACGGAUGAGGAGGCUUACUGGCAGCUUUUGGUGUUCUUGACGGAUUUUGCGGGGAUGUAUGCUGUUGUUGUGAUUGAGGGGUAUAGACCGGGGAAUACGUUUCCUGUGAUCAAGUACCCCGUUGUAUUUUUGUUUCUCUCUCAGAUGUUCGGUAUAGGUUGUCUUGCGCCGAUCUUCUUCUUUCUGUUCUAUAUCUUCACGCCUGCUUACAAACUUACAACUCCGAGUCUGUAUCGACCUGGCGUAGCGCCUUGCAUGGCUAUUUUGCCUACGGUUGUGUUUGGGUAUUAUGUCACGCACUUUCCGUCAUUCUUUCACUCUUCUCUUGAGGCGAGGAAUUGGUGGAAUUGGAUUUGGCAGCUGUUUCCAAUCUGGGGAUCCAUCAUCAUGCUUGUGCUGUCGAAGAUUAUUCCUCAGCCAAAAGAGCAGACACAGAAGACAAUUAAGCAAGAGCUCAAUGCCCUUCGACUCACGAUCGGUGUCAUCAGUGCUAUAAGCACGGCGACGUGGUGGUAUACCAUUCUCAAUAUGGACUCAACUAUCGUCGAGGUCUUCAUCCCGCAGCAUUUCCUCACAACGCCACAAGACCCAAUCCUAGGCCUUCGAAUCGUCAUCCAAUUCGAUUACAUCUGCUGUUACGCAGCUGGCUUUCUGUGGUUGGCGUAUCACUUCAAGGACCUUGAGAACGUUGGGGUCUGCAAUGGUUCAACACCCUGGAUCAUCGAAGAUUCCACCAUCGACUUUCCCGCGCUGUACUCUGAAUUCGACUACUUCAUCAUGGGCCGCAAGACAUACGAAACCAUGCAAUCCUUCGGCGCUGACAAUCCACUAUCAAAAAGACCCAAAGAAUCGGUCAUAGUAGCAAGUCGCACCAUGAACUCGGACCAUUUUCCCGAUGUCACAGUCAUACAAGAAAACAUGCUUGAUUACAUCAGACAUCUCAAAAUGAAUGACGGGAAGGAUAUCUGGCUUAUGGGCGGUGGUAAUCUCGCAGCCCAAUGCCUAGAAGCUCACCUAGUGGAUACCGUCGAAAUCGCUAUAAUGCCCACGAUUCUCGGCACCGGAAUACCCCUAACCUCCUCCCUCCCACAGGAAAUAAAACUCCAGCUAUCAAACAGCACCAGCCUCGGCAGUGGAAUCCUCAUGACUCAAUACAAA